AGCAGGCGGCAUUGUCAGCACACACACCGGUAAUUAUCUAGUUUAGCGUUCAACCGUACCCACACAGGUCUGUGCUGUAAAGUGGCUGUUCAUUUCAGAGGAUUUAAAGGGAAGGUAGGAGAAAAAAUGCGAGGCCAAUCAGACUCACAACUUUAGAACUAACCCUUUCGGGAGUCCCUCCCUCCACUGUCCCGGCGAAGCAGAGUUGUUCAGUAUAUGCCCAAUCGUCAGAGGGACUAUGGUGGAAGGCUGGUAAAGAUGGCGGCUCUCUCCGAGGAUGGGAGGUACGGACUGAAUUGUAGCCGACGGAAUGCGGGCAGAAUCACAGUAUUGAACGUAAAACUGACGGAGACAGCCAUACGAGCGCUAGAAAACUACCAAAACUGUAAGAAUGUACCGUCCUCGCAGCCAACCAUACAUUUCCAGGGACUUCAAGGGCGUAUCAAGAUUCCUCGGACGGACGCCCCAGACGGCGCUCAUAACUUUGAUUUCUACCUGUCAAAUGUUGGCAAGGACAACCCUCAGGGCAGCUUCGAGUGCAUCCACCAGUACAUGUCCAGUGCUGGCACGCCUCACCUGGCAUCUCUGGGCACGAUACAGGACAAGAUCACGGUGUGUGCCACCAGCGAUUCCUAUCAGGUGACCCGCGAGCGCAUGACCCAGGUCGAGGAGGACUCGCGCAAGAAAAGCACCAAGGUCAUCAAGCCCGGUGGUCAGUUCAGAGGUAAAACCGUUCAGAUGCGCAAGCCGGCACCCUCCGCCCCGGACCCGGUCCCCGAGCGCAAGCGCUCAACGCCUAUCAACCCGGCCAGCACCAUCCGCAAGUGCCUCACCAACAACCCGGUGGCGCAGCGCCCGUACCGGGACCGCGUGAUCCACCUGCUGGCUCUGCGCCCCUACAAGAAGCUGGAGGUGCUUGCCCGCCUGCAGAGGGAUGGAGUCAGCCAGAAGGACCGCAGCUCGCUGGGCAGCACCCUGCAGCAGGUGGCCAACCUAAACCCAAAGGAUAACUCGUACGCUCUGAAGGACUUUGUCUUCCGCGACGUGCAAAGGGACUGGCCCGGCUACUCUGAAGACGACCGUACGGAAGUGGACAGGAUUCUGACCCGGAAGGGUAUUAUCCUGGAGAUCCUGCCAUCCAGCAGUCCGCCAAAGGAGGCAGUCCCCACCUCCCCAUCGAAACGCAUGCCGGAGGGUGACUUCAUCGACCCUCUGAUGCCCAAGAAGCCGCGCAUCUCCCACCUCUCCAGCCGAGCCCCUGCCGCCCCUCCGCCUCCUCCUCCCCCCUCCCUCUCCUACUCCCUCUCUUCCUCCUCCUCCUCUUCAGAUCGUCGCUCCAGCACCGCCCCGCAACCGCCUCCCCCCUCGGCUGCCUGUCCGGGCCCAGCCCCCUCCUCCUCAUCCUCCCGCCCCCCGCCCUCCGGCUCCACCUCCAACUCCCCCAGCACACCGGAGGGCCGUGGCUCGCAGGACCUGCCCUUAGACCAGAGCUCAACCUGCGGGGAGGCAGCCGACCGGUACUCGCCCAGCCCCCCCGCCAGGCCCACCCACGCUCAUGUGCUCCCUCCUUCUGGAGCCACCUUGCACCCUAACGCACGCGCCUCCCCCGAUAGCGGUGUCAGCAGCAGUAGCAGCAAGAAGCCCAAGAAGAAGUCGAAGAAGCACAAAGACAAGGAGCGCAACAAGGACAAGGAGCGCGACAAGGACAAGGAGCGCGACAAGGACAAGGAGCGCGACAAGGACAAGGAGGCCGACAAGGAGAGGGAGGCCGACAAGGUCAAGGAGCGCGAAAAGGUCAAGGAGCGCGACAAGGACAAUGAGCGCGACAAGGUCAAGGAGCGCGACAAGGACAAUGAGCGCGACAAGGUCAAGGAGCGCGUCAAGGACAAGGAGCGCCACAAGGACAAGGAGCAGGACCGGGACAAAGACAAGGAGCAGGACAAGGAGCAGGACAGGGACAAAGACAAGGAGCGUGACAAGGACAGGGAACGGGACAGGAGGAUAGAAGAGCCGAAGCAGGAGAAACCAGCCGUGCCAGCAGCCACCGUGGUGGUGACCACAGAGGAGGAGAGGCCCAGGAAGAGGCGCCGUGCGGAGGAGAAGCAGCAUACACCAGCCCACAGGAGUCCCCUCUCUGAAUGCGAAGAUGGGAAAGACAGGACUGUCCACUCCACAGAGGUCUCGAGUGCGCUCGCACCAGACUACAUCACUAAGUACCCAGCAGUUGUGUCUAUGGACCACAGGCAGGGCUACAAGGAUGACUUCAACUCUGAGUACGAAGAGUACCGCGUGCUGCACGCUCGGGUGGAGAGCAUCACCCGCCGUUUCACCCAGCUGGACGCCCAGUGCCGCCGCCUCACGCCCGGAUCCAAAGAGUACCAGGAGGUGCAUGAGGAGGUGCUGCAGGAGUACAAAAAGAUGAAACAGCACAACCCAAACUACUAUGAGGAGAAGCAGCGCUGCGAGUACCUGCACAACAAGCUGGCGCACAUCAAGCGGCUCAUCGCAGACUUCGACCAGCGACGGGCCCAGUCCUGGCGCUAAUGCCCAGGACGGGUGGCGGGGAGUUUGGGGGCUGAAGAGGGGGGGUGCUAGGGGACCACAAAACCGGGAGGCCAUAACCCUCAUUUGUGGGCGAGAGAGAGGUGGGGAGAUAUGGAGGAGCUGAAGAGAACUCCCUUUCCUCCUUGAUCCGCAAAGCCCACCUUUUUUUGCCCCCCCCCCCCCCCCCCCCCCCCAUCUCCUCCCUGCCCAACCACCUCACACUCCCCUCCUGCCUCCCUUUUGGUCUGUGAUGCACCUCCCCACCCCCAGCCCCCAAUCCUCUUCCUCCUUUCUCUUUCUCAGCCUCCUCCCAAGGUACUGUUACCAUGGCAACAGAGGAGGAACGCCCCUGUGAUGUCAUAAUCAUAGAGAAGGGAGAGGCGGUGGAGCUUAAUCUCUUGAAGGACUAUACAAGAAAAAAAAGAACCUAUAUGAAAAAAAAUUAAACUUAUUUUUUUCGGAAAGCAAAAAAAAAAGAAUAUAUUCUAUCUGUAGCUACCUGUAUUUUGAGAGAAGGACGGAGGAAAGAGAUGUAUUUAUUUUUUGUUUUCGGAGCAAAGAGGAGAAGGAAGGCUAUAACGGAGGAGUUUGCCACGUGACUCAUGUGUCGAGCGCAUCUCCUUUUCAGAAUCAUUUCUUUCCUCAGAGCAAUGCAAUACCUGCAGGCCUUACCUGAUUAGGGGACUUCCUGAAGCCUUUUGCACAGGAGAGGGUAUGCGACUGAGUGUGUGUGUGAGAGAGAGAGAGAGUGAGUGAGUGUGUGUGUGUGUGUCGGGGGGGGGGGGGGGUGUUUAUCAGGAACCCAUUAGGCCCCAGCACAGGUGGCUUCUGGAACCAUGACCCCAGACAUUAGAUGCCGGCAGGAAGCUGCAUCAGUAUUUAGGCCUGGUGAGGGGUUGGGAGGGUGUGUGUGUGUGUGUGUGUGUGGGAAGAGCAAGUGACGGGAGGAAGGCGAGCUGUGCCUUACGCUGUGUGCGUGCGUGCGUGUGUGUGUUCGUGUUUACACUCGCCUGACUCCUGCUCACCAGGCCCUUGCGGAGGAACUACUACAACCCGACAAUGGGUCACACACACAUUCGUUCGCGAUGUCGUGUACGUGUCUGUGUUUGUGUCUUGAGUGUAUGAACCAGCCAGUCUGAAUGAUGGAUACAAUGGAUAGAAUAUGGAUUUAUGUGGGAAUGGAGAAGGGGAAUGUAUGGCACAGGAACGGUCAGGAGGGAGGGUGGGGGGUAAGUGUAAGAAGGGUGGGAUCUUGGAAAAUUCGACGGGUUUUGGGGUGCUGGGGAGGUUUUUUUUUUUUUGUUUGUUUUUGGAGAAACAAAAAGCAAGAAAAAGUAAAAAUGGGGAAGAAAAAAAAAAAGCUGCUACAGUCUUGUUUCGAUCGAGCCAGAGCACUCGGGAUCAAUCUGGCUAGUGUUACAUGUUCUUAAAGUGGCCAGAAGAGGCGCAGGAUGCGCUGUUCAACAGAGGAACGAGUGUGUGUGUGUGUGUGUGUGUGUGUGUGUGUGUGUGUGUGUGUGUGUGUGUGUGUGUGUGUGUGUGUGUGUGUGUGUGUGUGUGUAUAUUUGGGGGGUGGGUGGGUGCUGUGAGUGAGGGGACAAUGUGAAAGAGUAAAGAGCUGGUAUGGAGGAUGAUGGGGUGUGGGUACCGAAGCAGCCACCAUGGACGUAUGUGUUUACCAAUGUGGUAUUCUCUCUUUAAUUAUUCCAGAGGUUUCAGAGCAGAAUUAUUUAUGAAUAGCAAUAUUAUCACUUAUUAAAAUGUUUUUGUUUGGCUCUUGGAUUAAAGUAUUGGCUGAUUUAUGUUGAAAUGAAUGAACAGUAAAAAUGAGUCCUUUUAUUCUCUGCUUUCAUUGUUAAAAGAAGCAACUUAAGGCAUAAGGGAAACAUGUUUACAGAGUCCUGAGUUUAAGGUAUUUGCCAAGAAGACAUGAAGUGAAAUAACAAAUACCCAAUAUUGUUUUGAUCUGAAUAAAGUACAUUCACGGCUUCAGUCAGUUUUUGAGACACCGUGGGGAUAAAUGUGUGUUGAUUUAUUCUUUUCCCCAAAGAAUAUUUAAACCCAUAUUUUACGGUGCUUGUUUUUUAAUCACUUAUAACGUUCCAUUUUAAUUUUUUUAAUUUAUUUUAUUUUAAACCAAAUCUUCCCUGUGCAUGUGACUCAUUGGUUCAAAAGAAGUUAUCAACACUGAUUGAAUAGCACUGCCUGGUGUGGGGGGUGGGUGUAAGGCACCGUUAGACUGAAGCCCAGAUUUGAAGCAGCCUGCUACAGGAGCUUCCUCAUUGUCUUUGGCCACAGUGGAAUCUGAUUGCCAGUCCACUGUGGCUCAAACACCCUCGAACAUCGAACGCUAGAUUCCAAAUGAGCCAUGCUCACUACAGGCUUUCUGAGACUUUGUUCAUUUCCUAUUCUCUCGGCUUCUCGAGCUUCCAAACAACACUAAAUGUCCACCUGAAUGUUGGGUCAAAGUGAAUUGUUCUGAAAUUGUGAAUUCCAACGAUCAGUAGUCAAUAUUGAGUCAAGUCGGUCGGGCUGGCUCACAGCUCUCCUGGCCAGAUAUGAGUAUGUGAGUAUGCAAUCCUUGCCCUCCACAAUGAAACAUUUGGUGUUUUUUUUUUUUUGCACAUGAAUAUCCAAGGGAUGGUCCAAGAUGCAGGGUGUGUGACCCAGCCAAAAUGUGUGUGUGUGUGAGUUUUUAGGUUAAGGUGCCAACUUAACCUGGACUGAGGGUUGUGUCUUCAGCCCCUCGGACCCCUCUCUGCCUCCGUCUCAGCUGUGGUAUUGACAGCGUGCAGCAAGACUUGAGUGGUUGUAAUCCUGGAGCAGAGGUGUGCUGAGUAGUCUUUAUUUUUUUCUUCUUUUUUUUUUAUUUUAAGUCACGCUGGAUGAAGAGACAAGAGGCCUUGGAGCUGUUGAAAUGACUCCAUUGGCUAUUUACACAUGUUGGGUUUGGAAAUGUACUGGAGUCUGUAGAUCACAUGGUCCCCUUUCUUUCAUGAUUGCUUCUUGGAAGAGAAAGAAGUGGGCUAUGCCCAUGAUGCCAUUAUUGGAGAUGUUAAUUAGUGGUGGAACAGGUUGCAAAGUAAUCUCUUUAAAGCAGUGUCAUCUCUUUUCUUUUGUGUGUUUUUUGUUUUGUUUUUAGUGGCAAGAAGGUUGUGGUCAAGGUGAGGGUGUUUCCAGCCUACCCCACCUGAAAACACAAAGUUCAAUAAAAUGUGAACUUGUCAAACAUA